CACCAUUGCACACUAGACACCAAUGAUUGGAAAUUCCAAGAACGGUCAGGCGCCUAAGAACUCUACUCGAUAUGCUGAAGCACAACUGUAUGGUACUAUACCAGGUUGUACCACAGCGUCAAAAGACCAUGCGUGCGUCUAACCUGAAAUAACAAUCAAAUUAUAUUGUAAAUAAGUAAGCCUCUGUGCAUUAAAUAUGAAUUACAAAUGAGAUAAACUUUUAAUAUGAAUGUCUAGUAGUAUAAAAUCUACAAAUUCAUAUAAUUUGAUGUGCAGAAGUAAAAUUCUUUCCUGAGAUUAUAAGAUUAUAUCAAUUGAGUAAAAUAUGAGUUUAACGAAGCAAUAUUUAAGAUAUGUACCAGCCGGAAAUUUAAAUAUAAUUGUCAGCCCUGCUUGUAAUGUUGUUUUUGUAACACUAGAAGGACAAGAAGGUAGAUUUGUAGCAGUCGGAGCAUGUGAACAUGUUUUCAUAUGGGAUUUACGUUUAGGAGAGAAGGCUCAAGUAUUAUCAGGAGAUAAAGUCAAUGUUACAUGUUUAGCUGCAUCUCCAAAUCAACGCCAUGUGGCCGUUGGCUAUGCAGAUGGUACUAUAAAGACAUUUGAUUUAAGAUCAAGUGAAAAUAUAAGCAUAUUUGUUGGUCAUCGAUCUGAGAUUACAACCCUGGUAUAUGAUAAACAAGGGCACAGAUUAGCCUCUGGUUCAAAAGAUACAGAUAUUAUUGUAUGGGAUGUGGUUGCAGAAACUGGAAUAUGUCGCUUAAGUGGACAUAAACAUGUAAUAACCAAAUUAGUGUUUAUGAAAGAUCACAAUAUUCUCAUUAGUGCCAGUAAAGAUACUUUUGUAAAGUUUUGGGAUUUGAACACAGAACAUAACUUUAGAACUCUUGUUAAUCAUAGAUCAGAGGUUUCGUCUUUAGCAUUAGCUAAAAAUGAUCAAUAUCUAAUUACUGGUUGCAAAGAUAAUGAAUUACAAGUGUGGAAAAUAUAUUUCACUGAAACUACAGCCACAGACUUUGACGUUAAUUUACAAGAUUUAACAAUUACUGAUGAUGUUGAAGUUAAUGAUCUGAUAUAUCCUCUAAAGUGUGAAAAGACUGGUAGUAUUUUGAGAAGCAGUUAUGGAAGAGUUGUAUCUCUUGAUGUUGAUUCAACACAAACUGUCAUUGGCUGUCAUGGUGUAGACAAUACUGUCGAAUUAUUUCAAUUAUUACCGGAUACUAGAAUGAAUGAAAAUGUACUUAAACGAUUAGAAAGAGAAAGAAAAAAGGCAGAGAAAAAUGGAAAUACUAUGGAAGCAAAUUUAUCAGAGAUACCAACAUUAAAAGAUGAGAUUAUACGUUUACCUAUAAUUAAAACAUCUGCCAGAGCCAAAUCUCUACAUAUGGUAAUGGGUAAAGGAGGCGAACUUAGGAUAUGUAUUGGACUAAGUAAUAAUUCCAUUGAAUUAUAUUCAAUAUUUACACAAGAAAAAAAUGUUGAAGCAAAACUCUUAAGAUUUGUAACAAAACAUGGUCACCGAUCAAAUGUCCGUGCAAUUUGCUUCAGUUCUGAUAAUUUAGCUUUUGCAACGGCAAGCGGAGAUUCUGUGAAAUUAUGGAAUAGACCAACUUUAGCAUGCAUACGUACUGUAGAAUGUGGUUACGCUUUAACAGCAACGUUUGUACCAGGUGACAGACAUUUAAUUGUAGGUUUGAAGGAUGGUAAAAUGUUGAUUGUGGAUAUUGUAUCAGGUGACAUAUUAGAAGAAAUACCUGCACAUUCUAAAGAACUUUGGAGCAUUGCUUUAUUUCCUAAUAGGAGAGGAGUAGUAAGUGGUGGAGGAGACCAAACUGUCAAAUUUUGGGAUUUUGCCCAAAUUUUCAAAUCUGAAAACUCUGACAGUGAAAUAAAAGCAAAAGUGUUAUCCGUUUUGCAUACAAGAACUUUGAAAUUAGAAGAUAGUGUUUUAUGUGUACGAAUAAGUCCUAAUAAUCAAUUUGUUGCUGUUGCAUUACUUGAUUCUACAGUAAAAAUUUUUUUUCUUGACACAUUUAAGUUCUUCAUUUCACUUUAUGGACAUAAAUUGCCAGUCUUAUGUAUGGAUAUAUCCAGUGACUCGACACUUAUUGCUACUGGUUCUGCUGACAGAAACAUUAAAAUUUGGGGUUUAGACUACGGAGAUUGUCAUAAAUCAUUAUUUGCUCAUGACGACUCUGUAACAGGAUUAUCCUUUGUUCCUGGAACUCAUUAUUUUUUUACUUGUGGAAAAGAUGGAAAAGUAAAGGAGUGGGAUGCUGAUAUUUUUCAAAAAAUUGUUACGUUACAGGGACAUGCAGGAGAAGCAUGGUCUUGUGCUAUUUCACCGAAUGGUAUUCACGUUGUAUCCUGUGGCUCUGACAAGGUUGUUAGAAUGUAUGAACGAACUUUAGAGCCUUUGGUUCUACAAGAUGAAGAGGAAGAAGAAAGAGAACGUCAAGAAAAUGAAUUAGCUACUGAUGAAACUACUGUCGUUCCAGGACGAAAAGAACAAUCGCUUCCUUCUAGAAAAACGGUUUCCAGCGAGAAAGGGGCUGAAUUAAUAUUGGAAUGUUUAGAAAUAUCUAAAACAUAUAGUGAACAGUUAUCAACAGUAGCAACUUCGAAUACAAUACCUGCUAUUCCUUUACAAAUGCAAGCUUACAAUUGUACAAAUAUAGAAGAUUACUUCGUGGAAACAGUUAAACGCAUCAGAGCAAGCGAUUUAGAAGAGGCAUUGCUAUUAUUACCGUAUUCUGUUGCUUGUGACAUUCUCAAAAUGUUACCAAAGUUGUUGCAAUCAGAUCAUCAAACGGAGUUAAUAGCAAGAUUAGCAUUGUGUUUAGUAGAAACACAUCAUAAUCCAAUUAUAUCAAAUCCGGAACUUUUACAUACAUUAGAAACUGUAAAAAUAUUAGCUAUUAAAAAGGUUUCUCAACUGAGGGAUAUGAUUGGAUUCAAUUUACAUGGUAUGUUACACAUCCAGCGGAUUGUAGAAGAAAAAGAAGGAAUUCAAUUAUUCAAAGACGCAACUAAAAACCAUAAACAUAAAGAGAAGGCUAAAAAGCAUAAAGAACGAGCAGUGAAAAGAGCAAAGAUGUCUUUAUAAAACCUUACUUAACAUUUAAAAGAAACAUUAAGAAUUUUAUCUUAUUGUAAUAAGGCUUAGUGCCAUAUUAUCUUUGCAUAUAUUUGUGCAUCUUCAGUAAUACACAAAAUCUUAUUUUUACAACUUACUGAGUACAUAAAACAUUUAAUGUACGCCUAGAUUUCUCUGACUUUUAAUUAAAAUAGAAUUUUGUAUAUAUAUGUAUAUGUAUAAUUAAUAAACAUAGAAAUAUUUUUACUCAAA